GGUGAUGCCACCUCCGAUGCCCCCGCCUCCACGCUCGGGUACCGGGGGGGGCACGCAAGCUGCGGAGCUGGGAGGAGAACAGCAGUGCCACGGUGAGGAUGGGUACCCGGGGGGCUCCUCGUUCUCUCCCCCUCCCCUACGCGUCCAUCCUCCCCCCUCCCUCUUCCCCUCCAUCACCGCGGUCACCUUCACCCUCUCGCUGUUUUCCGGAACUGCAGCAACUUUCUGCCAUGUGAUCCCGUGCCCGGCUCCAACCCUCGCCGCCCCCAGGCAGGCGCAGAGCCCCCCAACCGCCGCCGUUGCCAUGGGCGAGAGAUGUGACUACCAGCGCCUGAGCAGCGCCGAGGAGGAGGAGGAGAUGCUGCCCGCCCUGCCCCACAGCCUGUCGGACAGCAGCGGGCUGCGAGCCCCACGGAUGGGCAGCAGUCGUCCUGGGCUGCCUCCCCAGCAGGACGUCACUCUGGGCAUGGCGUGCCGGCGGGUCAGUGCUGGGGGAGACGGGGGGAGCAGUGGCACGGCCCCCAUGGCGUCCCCAGGGUGCUUGUGGAUUUGA